GGCUGCAGAAGGCCCCAAGCUCUCAGGCCAGCUGUGGCUUCUUUGCUGAGAUGGAGGUAUAGCCAAGAAAGCAGCCUGAAAAGUAAGAAGGACAAAAAGUCAAGGCAAAGAGGGUGGGUGAACCAGGCCAUACACGGUGGCCAUGGAGCAGCAGCCCAUCUUUCCCGAGGGAUGGACUGAGGGCUUGGCUACUCCCCUGACCAUAAAUGGCUUGACUAGGGUUCUCUUGGAGCCACCUCUCAGCCUGCCUCUGCAGCUUUGUCAGCUAACUGUUCCUACAAAUGAAAGACACAAGCCAAUAACGCCAGCGAGAAAGGAGUUUGCCAAAGGCAGUGUACGAAGAAGGUUCUUGGGAGACUAUCAGAAAUGACUCCAUAUUUGUUGGAGAGAUGAGACCAGCUACUAAGUGAGGGGAGGAAAGAGAAGGGUUUGCUGCUCGCCUGUCCUCCUGGCCACUUCAGCUCCAGCAGCCUAGAACCUCUGCCUCAGAUGCAGCAAAAACAGAAGCCUUGCCUUGCCCAGAGUUUUUCACUGAACUUCACCCUGCCGGCGAACACAACAUCCUCUCCUGUUACAAGUGGGAAAGAAACGGACUGCGGGCCCUCUCUUGGAUUAGCGGUGGCCAUCCCCUCCCUGGUGGCCACAGCCCUGCUGGUGGCUUUACUAUUUACUUUGAUUCACCGAAGAAGAAGCAGCAUUGAGGCCAUGGAGGAAAGUGACAGACCAUGUGAAAUUUCAGAAAUUGAUGACAAUCCCAAGAUAUCUGAGAAUCCUAGGAGAUCACCCACACGUGAGAAGAAUACGAUGGGAGCACAAGAGGCCCACAUAUAUGUGAAGACUGUAGCAGGAAGCGAGGAACCUGUGCAUGACCCUUACCGUCCUACUAUAGAAAUGGAAAGAAGGAGGGGAUUGUGGUGGCUUGUGCCGAGACUGAGCCUGGAAUGAUGCAGCUCAGUCAAGGAGCAGACCUGGCACUGGAACAGGGUUGAAAACCCAGGGUUUUUACUUGGAGAGGAGAGAUGCCAAGCUGCUUCUUAAUCAAUCCAAAUUUCAUUUACAGAUCUGGAACACUUUGGGGCUGAUUUGUCUCUUUAGGGGACAUCCCCAAUAUGGUUAAUUCCAACUCUCAGACCUUGUGCUUUAGUUAGUACAUGUGACUCACCAGAUGGGGUCCUUAGAUCCUGUUCCUGCUCCCAAUGGGAAUUUGCUUUUCUUUGUCAUUUUGGGAAAGGGGCUUGGUUUCUGAGUGUCUUGUCUUCUCAUUCUUUUUUUUUCAUAUCCUUUUUCUCAAAAAAGCCAUCAGCUCUGACUUUCAUGGAAGUGUUGCCAAGGUCAGCCUGGUGCAAGUUGGGAUAUAAAUGAAACUUAUGCAGGAUGUAUGAGAGGAAGCAGUUAAUUGUUUCUGAAUAUCUCAGGGUAGAAAUCACGUGGAACCACACAUUCCCUGACCACAGGGAAGCACAUGGCUCAGUCACGUCAUACAGCAGUGGAAAGAAUAUGGAUUCUUAAGUCACACCUACCACUGAGCAGCUGUAUGACUUUGGAGAAGUUGUUUAACAUUUCCAAGCCUCAGUUUUUGCUUUUUUAAAGGAGGGGAAAUAUUUGCCUCAUGUCAUAAUUAAAAAGAUUAAAUAAGAAAUAAAAGGAAGUGUCUGCUACUUAGUUGCCAGUCAAAAUGUUAGUUCUCUCUCUCUGCCCCCUUCCUCCUACCUCUUCCCAUACUGCUUGCCUGAUAAAAUAGCUAGUCACCAGCAUUUGUUCCCCAUAGUCACAGGAUCACACAAGGGAACAUUUAGGGCAAACUUUCAGCAAGGCCUGUGGUCCAAAUUGUUAUCUAAAGAUGAUUCUAGGUGUUGCUGGUAGUAUGUGAAUCUUCCAAUCUAGGUGUGAUCUUGUCCUCAUAUGAAUCAGGAAAAGCCAGGUUCUUACAAGUUCCAAAUUCCAAAUACAGAGACUAGUGGUGUUACAUUUAACCUUAAAGAUAUUAAUGUUGAUGGAAAUUCAUGUUUCAUAUUAAAACAACACUUUGUCUUUACAAUGAAACAUUUUGCUUAAUUUUUAAAGUAAGACAUCAUGAUACCUCUGGUGGCAGCUCCUCAAAUAACUUUAACUUUUGUGCUUUAGGGAUAGUUGUUAAACUUACAGUUUCUUUUAUGUUAUUUUUUAAAGGCUUCAGAUUAAACAAGAGCCCUUAAGCCCAUGCAUAGCAUUGCCGCUUCAGCUUGCUGAGGACUCUCUCCAAGGAGGCCAAAUGGAAAAGGAGAGGCCACUUCAAGUGGUGUUGGCUCAUUGAGCCUAUUGGGCAAACUAUAACCAGGUUGCCUUAUUCUGUGUGGAUUACUGCAGGAUAGGCCACCCUCCAGCGUUCUCUUAUCCCAGUAACUCCUCUUCCCAUUUUCCAAUCCCUCCCCAGCCUUUUUUUUCCCCCCUUCUGUACUCUUCUUUUGCCUUCAAUACAAAUUUCAUUUCCUCUGUGACUUUGGGCAGACUUCCUUCUAGCAUGUGUCAGCUACCCCACCACCCAGCUGGCCUAGGAGACACAUCAUUCAUUGCUCCUUCUUGUGUCUGUAAUCAGAGAGUAUUUAAGGAGGGCAGUUCUGUGAUGGACUCUGUGUGUGUGUGUGUGUUGAAAGUAAAGAUGGCUGGGGGAAGGCAAGAGUUUCUCCAAGAUAUUAUUAGAAAUGAGGGCUCUAUCUAUUCUGUGGGAAUGGAGAAAAGACCCAAGUCCUUGGAUAUCAUGGGGAAAAGCUGUGUGGCAGAAAGAAAAAUCAAGAGGACCCAAGUGGAUGGAGACAGAACCACAGGAAUGGGCUUUCACUUUCACUCCCAUGAGGAGGCUUCCAGGCAGCCUGGUUCCUCCCAGGGGGAAGGCCUGGGUCCAGGGCAUCUUAAGUUCAUCCACCAGCUCCGUGAGCCACACAGAUAUCCCAGAAAAUAUUCCUUUCUUACACAAGGCUUCUGAUUGCUCAGAAACGUGCCCCUCUUCCCUGAAUAACCAAGAACAUGUUCUAUAAACCCAGUCUCUGCCACAUGUCAACACCUGCUCUUCAAAGCCCCUUCUGAAACUCAGUUUUGUGCCAAGUCUUCUGGAUCUAAUUACCUUAAACAAGCAGAUUUAGCCAUUUCUAAAGAGACGUGCCCAGUCAUCCUGGUGCUUGUACUUCUCUUGCAUGUCAUGAAGGACCUUGGAUUUACUGAGAACUCAGCCGUGGCCUUGGCUUUGAUACUUACAUGUGUCAGCCCUUGGGCCGAUUGUUGAUCAUCCAGAGCCUCAGUUCUGUACUUGUGAAAUGGAGACAGCAGUUCUCAUCCCCCUAGCCCAUGGAGUGGUUGUGAAGCUGGAUUGAAAUAUGCAUGUGACUAAGCCAUGUAGCUAAAAGUGAGGGAUGACUUGUAUUUUGGAUCACUUAUUUUAAUUCUACUUAUAAUCCAUGGCUUAGAAUCUUUAUUUAAACAUUGUUUCUAUCAAACUAGAAAGGUUCAGCAUUUCUGUCAUUUACUUCUGCUAUGAUACCCAAGAACUUAUGUUGGCAUGAAGUGAAAAAUAAAAUGGUCAUUCUUAUGAACCUACAAAA